GCCGCGCGGCGAGCGGGCCGGGGCGGGCCUGGGCGCCGCAGCGGCUCGGGGUUGGCUGGCGCUGCCGCCCGGGUUGGCUGGGCUCUUUUCCGUUGAGCCGCCGCUGGCGCGUGGGCUCGCGCGUCGGCAGGUGGUGGAGUGAGCACCAUGGAUUCCUCUCCAGGAAUGUCCCCCACCUCCAAAAGAUUGGCAGCCCCCCAUGUCUCCUCCAGAUAUACCAAUUCUCCAACUCCAAGUCAGGGGGAUUCUACUCCUCUCCCUUCCAUCAGCGAGCGCCUGGCCUUCCUCCGUCCCUCCCGGGAGCUGCUGGAAUACUAUCGCAAGAAGAUCGCUGAGUUUGAUGAAGAACACGAGGACCUUUUGAAAAGGCUAGAGAGGUACAAAGGAACAUAUGAUGAGCAGCACAAACUACAGUGGGAAAUGCGUCAACGGGAACAGGAGAUUGCCGAGUUACAGACGGCUUUGAGUGACAUGCAAGUUUACCUCUUCCAGGAAAGGGAACAUGUGCUGCGCCUCUACGCUGAGAAUGAUCGGCUGAAAAUCAGGGAGCUAGAAGACAGAAAAAAGAUUCAGCAUCUCUUGGCUUUGGUGGGAACAGACACAGGAGAAAUUACGUAUUUUCAUAAGGAGCCUCCACACAAGGUCACCGUUCCUCAAAAACCAAUCAAAUCGAGGGAUCCACAUGAACGGAGCAAUACUUACACUUCUAGAACAGCAGGCACUAAAAGAAGCACAUCAAAACCAGCAGCAAAAGGAGAGAAACCAGAAAGUCCUGAGAGAUAUCACAGAGACAAUCAAACACUCUUACUGCAGGUAGAGGCCCUGCAGGCUCAGAUGGAAGAGCAGACCCGGUUAUCCAAAGAGCAGCUUGAUGCACUGCUAGAGGACAGGCGGAUUCACGUAGAGGAAGUGCAGGUCCAGCAUCAGAGGGACCAGGACAAGAUCAAAACCCUGACAGAUAAGCUCCAUCAGACUCAAAACCUGCUGUAUGAGAGCACGCGUGACUUCCUUCAGCUGAAGUUCGAUGCACGAGCCAAUGAGAAAUCAUGGAUGGCAGAGAAGGACUGUCUGUUGAGGAAGCUUGAUGUAAACAGGGAUCAGCUUAUCAGCAGGGAGCCAGAGAGAGAGAAGAAGAAGGAGAGAGACAUCAAGCCGAUUUCUCAAGCAGAGAGUGAAAUGUGGAAAGCACAGAGUGGAGAACUCAAGUCCUUACAGGAGCAGCUAACACAGGUGCAUCGAUUGGCAGAUAUGUACCGAGAGCAGUGUGUUGCUCUGGAGGGUGAGCUGGCUAGAAUUCGUGAAGAAGGAGAUGUUGGCCGAGAGCUUUUCAAGGAGCGCUCAGAGAAGAUGGGGAAGCGUUUGCAGCUAAUGACCCAACGAUAUGAGGCCCUGGAGAAACGGCGUAGCAUGGAGGUGGAGGGCUUCAAGAAUGACAUCAAGCAACUUAGACAGAGGUUGAAGGACAUAGAGAAACAGCUCUUCAAGGUGACCAUGAACAUUGGCCCAGACCAGGACCUUGCAAUUCUGCAUGAGGUCCGCCAAGGGAACAGACGAACAAGGAAAAUUCAAGGGGAGCUAAGAAACCUAAAGGCAAAAAUCUAUGGCUUGGAGAACGAGUUACGGAUCUGCUGACACAGAUGUAUGACCCAGCACAACGGUGCACAGAACAUGACCAGUGCUAGACUAGGAAGGUCACAUUCUCAAGGAAAACUUCCAUAAAUCUGCUUUCCAGCAUCCUGUGACAGAAGCUUAAGAACACGUAACCUGCUGUGAAUCAACAGUAUAUCAGUGUGCUGUGGGGCUUGGAUAGUUUGUGGAAUUUAAUGCUAGGUUGCGGGGGGCGGGGCAUUACUUUCAUCUUAGCAUGCCUUGCUCUACUACCUUUCCUAAUCGAUGAGAUCAUUUGUAGAUUGUAUUGAAGUCCUCUUGUAACUUAUAUAAUGUUUCCAUAGGACAUGGUUACAGCCUCUAGGCACCUUCACCUACUAUGAGCACAGGGCAAAAUGUACUGUUGUCCAGAAUGCAGCCAAAAACAACAAAAGCUACAUGUGUAACUAAUAAUCAUGGAGAGGAACUAGUCCUCCAGGACUCAAGUGUUCUCUACUGUUGCUGUUCUAGAAGCGAGGGACUGUAUAAGGCCCUGUUCUACAGUAAUGGGAACUGUAUUAAGAAAAGCAGUUUUUAAACAAAGACAAACCCUAACCCUAAACCUUAUUAUGAUGUCUAAUGCACCCAGGACAUAAUUUGCAUUUUCUAAACAAGAUACCUACUUAAUCUAGAAAGUGUCUAUUUAAUUCUGCCUAAACACUCUGAAGUCCUGUAUAUCCAGGGCAGCAUAACCGUGUUUUCAAAUUGCUUCUCUUCCCAUGAUUCUCUGCCAGCCUGGACAGGCCAGAAAGGGAAACAUUCACAUUAUGAAGCUCUUUCUUUUGUGAGAUCUCUUCUCAAACCUCCACCAACCUUCUCUUACCCCCCACUCCAAAGCUGUGUCGCCUCUAAUGCCUUUUUUCCCUCAAAGGUCCCACUCUAGGCACCAUCAGUUCAUCUCCCCCAGUGGUGGAAGUCCUGAUAUAGACCAGCCAUUGCCCUUUUAACUGCCAGUGUUGUCUAACCCUACAGCUCUGAACAACACAGUGGCUAAACUACUAGCAGCCACUGGCACCUCUCACUGCUGCGGGAUAUAAAUGGGCAGUAACAAUGGUGGAAAACUUCUGAAGGAGCAUAAAGGCUAGAGCAGUUGAGGCCAGAGAGCUUGUUUAUACUAUAAAUACAACCCUGGUUGCAUGACCCUUGUCCCCAAACCAACUAACAAGAUGAUUUCAGUUUGGAGUAUCGGCUAGACCUUAGCAGUAGUUUGUAACUAGUCUAAAGCCUAGUUGUAUUUGCAGGGUAUACAGUCCUUUAUUUGUAAUCCAGCAUAUUGUAACUUAAACUCACCACCUUACUUCUUCCUACACACAAACUAAGGGAAGAAGACUUACCCUGUUUAUAAAGAUGUCUCAGUGCCUUGAUAGAGUUUCUUGCUGUAACUCUAUACCAUUCUUGCCAAAUGUGAUGCCAGAAAGCUGAUCCCUUUCUGGGAUUUCUGGCAUACCCCACCAGGGCCAUGAAUUUAUUUUUUUUUUACUGGACAAAGAAUCAAUUUUUGUGAUUUUUAUUUUUUUUUAUUUUUGUAAUCCAGACUUUUACAAUUAAAAAUGAAGUUGGAAGAUUCCUUGUCAAGGGGUUCCCUUUCUUCUCUCUUUGAAGGGUGUGGCUAACACAGGUGCCUCCUCCCCGUUCCAGUCAGAUCUACUGCUAGCACUCCUGGGAUAACUAUAGCCAACCUUAGUCAGGCUGGUGGGUGGUAGCCAAAGUGGGUCCUGGCUCAUACUGUGUGUGAGAGGAAGGUGAGGCAAAGGGUCCUCUUGCACUGGUGCAUUCUCUUUGUAACAGGCUUGCUGCGUCUGACAAUACCUGCAAAUUAACCAGGUGGGUGGGGGCAUAUUCCUGUGGCUAGAGGUCCUAAUAGUCUCACCUUACUAAACAAGAGUUCCCUUAAGUCAAUGGGAGUUCUCAUAUGCUCUCACUGUGAGUUAGGAUAUCAAAAUCUGGCUCCUGAUGGUCUUACUGCAGCACACUGUGUAAUGGAAUAUUAACUGCUUGUGCUGCAGCUUCCACCUACCUUAAGUUUUUGCUCAUAAGAAGUCAGCACAGCAGUUUCCUGAGCUUUGUCAAUUUGUCAAAUUCCUCCGAGUUAAGGAAUUGCUCAUCGCGUUUGAUAUUUGCAUUUCUUCACAUGACAGCCAGUAGAUGCACGUUGUUUAAUCCCGGGUUAUUUAAAUACGUUUCUCUCUUCACAGCUCCCUAUUUCCAGUACUGAAUGUCAUGUGAAAGGCAAAACCCAGCAGCGAGGCAAUGGCCCUGUGCGUACGGCAAAGCAAACCUCACGGUACUGCUGUGCCACCAAGGCAUCUAUCCAGCAAAACCCAAGUGCUGCCCAAGCUAAGUGAGCUGUAGCUCACGAAAGCUUAUGCUCAAAUAAAUUUGUUAGUCUCUAAGGUGCCAAAAGUGCCACUCCUUUUCUUUCUAUUUUCAGUGUGUCCCUGGGACGUGAACCCCUCCCCGCUGCAAAAGUUAUACUAAUGUUGACUCUGUAAAUCCCUUUCUUUAUUUUGGAAACUGUCAUAGGUCACCUCCAAGGGCAGAAGGCACAAAGUGUUACUUUUGUUUUUCCUAUAUCUGAUAAAUUCAUGUGAUGUAUAUUUAAAAGCAUUGCUUCCAAUGUCCGUUUCCAAAACAAACCAAGCCAGGGGCCCAAAGCUCAAAAGUGACUCUAAAUAACCGAUCACUGUGCCACUGACAGAUCACAAAAAGUAGUAGCCAAUGGGGAAUCAUCAUCAAAUGGGAGUGUUUCUGGUGGGGUUUCAUGGGGAAAGGUACUAGGCCAAAUGUUUUUAACAUCGUAAUCAAUGGUCUGGAAGUAAAUAUAAAAUUACUGCUGAUAAAAUUUGCAGAUGACA